CACCACCAACACCGCCGCCGCCGCCAGCUACACCACUCCCUCCUUCCUGUCUCUUCGCUUCUCACUGUCAACCCCACCACUCUGACAUCGCACAACUUGUGACCUACUUCACCUCCUCCUCUCAUAUCUACUUGCUCCCCUCCUCCACUUCCCCUCUUUCUCUCGUUUGUGUACUAGAAAAGAGAGAGGUUGCGGUUAUCUAUUCGGACCCUGUCAUAGGCAUACCCUGCUCUGCCCACGUCCCUUGCUUUUUGCCCUUCCAUCUCGCUGUUGAGAUCGCCAGAGAAAGAGGGGGGAAAGCCCACGUCCAAAUCCCUUGCGCUGUCUACUCACAUAAGAGUAACAUCUCACCUCGCCUCUGCAACCACUCCUCAUCGAUUAUUUUUAUUCUCCUCUCCGCCUUUCCCUCCCAGCGCUAGCGGCCUCAACUAGCGUCGUUGACCCCCAACCGUGACGCCAAGCAUACGAAGGCCACACAGCUAGCUACUUAGGUACCUACGAAUACCUGCACCUUGCCCUGGACACUUCACUUUCACUUUGUCUUGGAAAACGAUACCUCCACACGGCCGCAUAACAUACACUACUGUCUACGCAUACAUCGGUCGACCUUUUACAUACUUCUUUUAUCCACCUACCUACUUUAUAUCUUACUUAUCCUCGUUUCCCCUCGUCCGCAAUUCAUCCCUCUCCCGAAGCUUAGAGACCGUCCCGCGCAGAUCUCGCGUCGCCCUCGCCUUCUAGCUGCCGAUCACCCUCCCACAAUCACGGCUCCUUUCCUCCUGCCGGCCCCUAGACCCAAGUCUCUCAAGUCUAGACCUGUUCGAUCUGGUGCUGUGUCUUCCUUCUCCUGCCGCCACAAAUCCGCCGCCGCUAGUUUCGAUUCUUUCUCCCGCCGCCCGCUUCGAAUCCAAAGCCUACGUUGCCAAACAGACACGCCUAUUUCUCUCGGCACCUCGCAUCGGGCAUCGACGUGAAGCACAUCUGCUAGAGACGUCCACAACGUCUUGCCUCGUCUUCCCUGCUCCAAAAACGCCCUCCCUCCAGAGGGACACACCAGCGCUUGCUGGCGGAUCAUGCUUCGCCUAUAAGCACAUCGCCGAUCUCCUCGCUCAUUCCCUACCUUCCUCAUCGUUGAGUCUGCGACGCCGAUUACUGCCCUGUGUUCCACCGAACAAUCCUUACAAAACCUGCUACGCCUGUCACUACGUUCUACCGUUGGCAACAACUCGAUCUAAUACUGCCCAAUCGCUGCACAUAUCAGACGUUGAGUCUACACUCGACGUCCCAUCAACAAGUCCGACACAGGCAACCCACGACCGAGAGAGGAACGCCUUGUUCUGGUCAUGGAUGCCCUCAAGAACAUCGUCAACAAUGUCCCUGAAUGGUUGGACCGUCUCGACCAGCUCGGGGAACAGAUCGACCAGCGUCAGGUUGAGCUUGCGGCACUGGGCGCUGACAAGUCGUCGCGCUCCAUCAAGAACCGCGGGUCAACCGAAUCGCUGAAGCUCAAAGACGAAAUACCCAAUGAUGUGUCAACACCAGCCGACGAAGCUCCCGCGAACGAGGCGAGUACCCAACAACCCGUUGUCUCCACGACGCCAUCUCAGAAUGGAACAAGAACCAACAACCAUCCUUCCAGCCCUAGCAGCGGAACACCUUCGGCCCUUCAAAAGCAGACUCGACAGGCAAUGGCUUUAGCGCAAGCUCGCGCCCGGGCUGUAGUCGAGAAGAGACCCCGCCCGUCUUCGGUGCUGUCAAAUGAGGAUGACGCUCCGGCCAAAUAUCGCUCACGGAAACUAGUUCUCGUCUACUACGACUCGUUUGUCGAAAGCUUCUUCGAGGAGCUGGUCAAGUUUGUAUCGGCAAGUCGGAAUUUGAUGCGUAAGGCCAAGAUGGCGGCAAAGGUGGCUGCAAUACGCCGUCUGGCAGAGCGAGAGCAGCCCGACGAAGACGAUAACAUCGGCGCUGGAGACCUUCAGCCAGACACUACCGAUGGUGCUGCCACCGCCUCCGACGCGCUGCCCUCCCUGCGUUACAUGAGCACAAGACGAACGGGGCCUCCCAACGGUCGAAAUGGCCCUUCGUACACUCGAGCUGGCCAGGGGGGUGGUGCCAUGAUGAGCGAAACCGGGCCAGACGCUUAUGACGAGCUCGACAAGUGUCUCGAGUAUAUUCAGAACCAGUCUGAACAUGCCGCUCACCAAUUUCUGCGUGAUGGAGAAUGUACAGAGGAAAUUGGCAACAUUCAGCGGCGUCUUGCCGAGACCAAAGAGCUGGCAAUUAAGGAAAUGGCACGAGUCGAAAAAGACGAACCCGAGCUACUGAGGGCUACCAGCGAGGCCAACAAGGUGCGGACUCUUCGACCGACGAGCAUGCGCCGCGAGCUCACGGCCGGCAAGGACAGCAACCCGCCCUUGCCUCCCAAGAAGCUUGAAGUCGACUCCAAUUUUGAGGUGGCGGAAAAGGCGCCAGCCAACGACAAGGCGGUUGCCGUCGACAUGUCCAAGCCUUUGGAGGCGGGCAUUGCGGCCAUCGAGGCGGAUGAUGAGGGGAUCGACGACAUGGAGAUCACACUACCACCCAGGUUGAACUAUCGAUCUACCAGGGCGAUGCGGAGCUGAACACAGCCCCGACUGGAUCCGAUGACCCAUAUAGGGAAACAUGUUUUCCUCAUCUAUGUUAAUGACUGAUACGGCCUCGCC